GGAGAAGAAGAUGUCGGACAACGAGCAUCAUUUCGAAUCCAAGGCCGACGCCGGAGCUUCGAAGACUUACCCUCAGCAGGCCGGUACUAUCCGGAAGAACGGUUACAUCGUCAUCAAAAACCGCCCUUGCAAGGUUGUUGAAGUUUCCACUUCCAAGACUGGCAAGCACGGCCAUGCUAAAUGCCACUUUGUGGGCAUUGAUAUCUUUUACGGAAAGAAGCUUGAAGAUAUUGUUCCUUCUUCCCACAACUGUGAUGUGCCCCAUGUCAAUCGUACCGACUACCAGCUCAUUGAUAUUUCUGAGGAUGGAUUUGUCAGCUUGCUCACUGAGAAUGGAAACACUAAGGAUGACCUGAGGCUUCCAACCGAUGAAAAUCUGCUUACACAGAUCAAGGAUGGAUUCUCUGAGGGAAAGGACUUGGUUGUGUCAGUGAUGUGUGCCAUGGGAGAGGAGCAGAUCUGUGCCCUGAAGGAUAUUGGCCCCAAGUAGCUGUUUGUCAAAGGAGUUGCUUGAGGCUUUUAUAUCUUAUAUAGGGAAAGGACAUGAUAUUGACUUAGUGCGAAGGGAGGAUCAUGAAUUACCGUACCUUUUCAUCGUUAAAUCAUUUUAUACUAGAUUCUUGAUAAUAUGUGGCCUCAGGGUUUUUAAGAGAUCACUUUGAUGUUGAGGUGUUCUGAGUUCUUGUUUCUGUUUGAUUACUGUCUGAACCCGUUCUGUUA